UGCAAGCUUGCUGUAGUAAUGAGUAGAUAGUGCCCGUAGUGUGUGGGGGAGGAUCUCUUUUGAGAUAAACAAGCAGCAGUCAUCAGGCACUAGGAACAUGGCGGCGGCAGACCGAGCUAGAGAGACGUUUUCCAAAUCCGAAGGUCAGAGCCGGACAUAACAUAGAGGGUUUUAACUACGUGUGAAGUUGAUGAUGACUAAAGAUUACCAUUUAUUCUACUGCUGCAGAAAUGCCUUGGGGGUGUUUUUUGGAAUAAAGCCAAGUUGCUGAUAUGCGUUGAGGAUGAGUGGUGUGGGUGAAAAUACCUCUGACCCUGCAAGGGCAGAAUCCAAGAAGCGCAAAGAAUGUCCAUCCGACCAGCUGGGACCCAGCCCUAAACGAAGCACUGAAAAACGCAAUCGCGAGCAUGAAAAUAAAUACAUCGAGGAACUUGCCGAGCUGAUCUUUGCAAACUUCAACGAUAUCGAUAACUUCAAUGUUAAGCCUGACAAAUGUGCAAUCUUGAAAGAAACUGUGAAACAGAUUCGUCAGAUAAAAGAACAAGAACAAGCUGCCACAGCCAAUGAAGAGGAGGUGCAAAAGGCUGACGUGUCGUCGACAGGCCAAAGUGUUAUUGACAAAGAUGCCCUUGGACCAAUGAUGCUUGAGGCCUUAGAUGGGUUCUUCUUUGUAGUGAACCUAGAGGGAAGCAUUGUGUUUGUGUCUGAGAAUGUGACCCAGUACCUGAGGUACAACCAGGAGGAGCUCAUGAACACCAGUGUGUACAGUGUCCUGCACGUGGGGGAUCAUGCAGAGUUCAUCAAAAACCUGCUGCCUAAAUCUCUAGUGAAUGGGGUGCCCUGGCCAAACGAGAAUCCACGUAGGAACAGCCACACGUUUAACUGUCGGAUGCUGGUCAAGCCUCCCAGUGACUCAGACGAGGAUGGCCAUGACAGCCAGGAAGCGCAUCAGAACUAUGAAACCAUGCAGUGUUUUGCGGUCUCCGAACCAAAGUCCAUCAAAGAAGAAGGAGAAGAUUUGCAGUCCUGUUUGAUAUGUGUUGCGAGACGAGUUCCAAUGAAGGAAAGGCCAGUCCUUCCAACUCAUGAGAGCUUUACCACGAGGCAGGAUCUGCAAGGCAAGAUUACAUCACUAGAUACAAGUUUGUUACGAGCCUCAAUGAAACCAGGCUGGGAGGACUUAGUGAGACGAUGCAUUCAGAGGUUUCACUUGCAGAACGACGGGGAAAUGUCAUUUGCAAAGAGGCAUCAUCAAGAAGUUCUGAGACAAGGACAAGCUUUCAGCCCCACGUAUCGGUUCUCUCUGUCUGACGGCACCAUUGUCACUGCCCACACGAAAAGCAAACUUGUGCGAUCUCCAGCUACAAAUGAGCCACAGCUUUAUAUGUCACUACAUAUUCUACAAAGAGAGCAGAAUGUUUGCGGGAUGAACAAGGAUAUGCCAGGACAAGCCAUGGGAAAGCAAAUGAAUUCUGUCACUUCAAUGACCCCACCAACCCAGGGAGGCAUGCCUGCUGGAAUGCCAGGUCAGGAUAUGACUAUAAGCAGCAAUACAAACUUCAACGCUGUUGGAGGGCCGAAGGAUCAGACUGUUAUGGGGCAGAUGCCGGGCAGUAGGUUUGGGUGCCAGGGAGUAAUGAACCACUCCCCUGGCAUGCAGGCGGCCACUCCUCAGGGUAGUAACUAUGCACUCAAAAUGAAUAGCCCGUCGCAAAACAGCCCUGGCAUGAACCAUGGGCAGCAAAACUCAAUGCUGUCUCCCAGGCACCGCGUCAGCCCAGGUGUGGGCAGCCCACGCAUCCCCCCCACUCAGUUCUCACCUGCAGGAAGCUUGCACUCGCCAGCAGGAAUGUGCAGCAGCACAGGAAACAGCCAUAGCUACACCAGCAGUUCCCUUAAUGCACUUCAGGCCCUCAGUGAAUGCCAUGGGGUCACCAUCGGGCAGUCUUUAGCUUCACCCGACAGGAAAUUAGGUAAUGCGCAGAGUUCUCCCAUAAACAUCAACCCUCACCCGCUGACCAAGAUGAGCAGCUCAGACUUUGGGUUGUUUGGGGAUCCGGCCCCCUCAGAGACAAGUCAACAGGAGGGGAGCUGCCAUCCUGGAGAGCAGAAGGACAAUGGCGAAAAUAGUCAAUUCAGCAGUGGGGAGAGGACCGAGGCACAAAACCGACUGCAUGACGGCAAGGGGCCCACAAAACUCUUGCAGCUGCUAACCACCAAGUCCAAUCAAAUGGAAUCUUCUUCACCUUUACCAGGUACUAGCGGAGACUAUAAUAACAAGGACUCCAUGGGCAGCGCCAUAGUAGGGGGCAACCAGUCAGUUGUAGGAUCUCUGGGGCAUGGGACUUCACUGAAGGAGAAGCAUAAGAUUUUGCACAGACUCUUGCAGAACAGUAGCUGUUCUGACUUGGCCAAACUUACAGCAGAAGCCACAGGAAAAGACAUCAGCCAGGAGGGCAACAAUACAGGUCCUGGCUCCGAAAUGACAAUUAAACAGGAGCCAAUGAGCCCCAAGAAGAAGGAGAAUGCGCUGCUUCGCUAUUUACUGGAUAAGGAUGAUACUGGUUUACAGGAGAAAAACAUUAAUUUAGGGGAGAGCAAGAUAGACCCUUGUAGUAGCACUAAGAAGUCAAACACAAAGAUGGAGAAACAGGAUCCGGGCUAUGAACAAUCAGAACAGUCGAGUGAAUUGGAUGACAUUCUAGAUGACCUGCAGAAUAGCCAGCCCCAGCUUUUCUCUGACACCCGGCCUGUUUCUGUAUCUGCGCCGGUGGACAAACAAGCCAUCAUCGACGACAUCCUUCAGAUCACCGGGGAAAACAGUCCUGCUACAUCCCUGGGUCCACAGAAACAAUUCCCUGGCAUGCUGCAAGGCACCUUCAGUAACCCCAGGGCAGGCCAGCCUGGCAGAGGCCCACCUGUCCGCAGCAUGGACGGCAAUGUGCCGACUCAAGCCUCUUCAGGACCUUUUCAAACCAUGAGAAACAACAGUCCGUAUUCGGUCAUGUCCCAGCAGGGAAUAAUGGGAAAUCAGGUCAUGAUGUCAAGCCAGGCAAAUUUAAUAAACACAGGGAUGCUCGGUGGUAACCCUCCGAGAGCCAACAUGCCGUCGGGAGACUGGGGGCCCCUGGGCGCUGUCGUCAACAGCACCAACUCAGCAGUGUCCGGCACCAUCAACAGACCAAUGCAGCCAGGAGCUGGAAGCAUGGUCCGAAACACGGCGCCAGGGGUCUCGAUGAGACCCAACAGCCAGUCUGGCCCGAGACAGAUGAUGUCGUCUCAGAUAAUGGGUAUGGCCCAACCUGAUCUGGAUAUGGGAAUGUCGGGUCCCCAGUUUACCCAGCAGCAGGUACCACCCAAUCAGACUGCACCUUGGCCAGACAGCAUGCUGCCCAUUGAGCAGGGGCCCUUCGGGAAUCAAAACAGACAAGCCUAUAACAGCUCCCAGGAUGAUUUGCUGUGCACGCCUGCUACCACAGAAGCCCUGACAGAUGAAGGCACUCUGCUCAAUCAGCUCUACUUGGUACUAAAAGACUUUGACGGCCUGGAGGAAAUAGACCGUGCUUUGGGGAUACCUGCGUUGGUCAGCCAGGUAAUCUUUAAACCUGCGCUUCUAUGUUCACGUGAAAUCUGCAGCAAAGAGAACCAGGCGGUGGACCCUGAGCAGUUUCCAAGCCAGGACCCCAGUAUGAUGCUAGAGCAGAAGCCUCCUAUUUACAGCCAGCAGUAUUCUGCUCCACCUCCCAUGCCCCAGGGAAAUUACCCUCCCAUGCAGGAUGCCAGUUUUCACCCCCUGGCCAAUCAGAUGGGCCAGAGACCUGGCUACUCAAUGUUGCGUAUCCAGACAAGGCCUGGGCUGCGGCCCACCAGCAUGGUGCCUAACCAACCCAACCAGCUGAGGCUUCAGCUUCAACACAGACUGCAAGCACAGCAGAACCGUCAGCCACUGGUGGGUCAGCUCAACAAUGUCUCCAACAUGAACCUACCUCUAAGACAAAACGUACCACCCCAGGGAACCAUCAAUGCUCAGAUGUUGGCUCAGAGACAGAGGGAGCUCUUGAGCCAGCACCUGCGCCAGCGCCAACUCGAGCAGCAGCAGCGGCAGCAACAGCAGCAGCAGAGAGCCAUGAUGAUGCGGGCGCAGGGCCUCAACAUCCCGCCCAGCAUGGCAGCAACGGCCUCUGGUGGCAUGCCGGGCACCAUGAGCAACCCGCGGAUCCCUCAGGCAAACACACAGCAAUUCCCAUUCCCUCCAAACUACGGUACUGGACUUAAAUCCCCACCACCCUCCACCAGCCCUUUCUCCCCAGUGUCUCCCAGCCACCCUGGGUCACAGCUCCUCUCACUCAGCUCCUUGCAUGGCUCCCAGAUGAGUCUGGCUAACCAGGGAAUGAUGGGAAAUAUGGGAGGACAGUUUGGGCCUGUAAUGAGUCCCCAAAUGCAGCACAAUGCCUUCCAGUUUCCCAGCUCAGGGAUGAAUCAGCAACCUGACGCAGGAUUUGGUGGAGCUGCUGCCCCUCAAAGCCCCCUGAUGUCACCCAGGAUGAGUCACGCUCAGAGUCCCAUGAUGCAACAGCCCCAGGCUAACACAACCUUCCAGUCAUCGUCUGAGAUGAAUGGAUGGCCACAGGGGAAUAUGAGUGGAAACAGCAUGUUUUCGCAACAGUCGUCACCUCAGUUUGGGCAACAGUCAAAUGCCAGCAUGUACAACAACAACAUGAACAUCAAUGUGUCCAUGGCAACAAACUCCAGCAGUAUGAACAACAUGAACCAGAUGUCGGGGCAGAUCAGCAUGACCUCAAUGACCUCGGUGCCUACAUCAGGGUUGUCCUCCAUGGGUCCUGAGCAGGUGAAUGAUCCUACAGUGAGGGGAGGAAACCUCUUUCCAAACCAGUUGCCUGCAAUGGAUAUGAUUAAGCAGGAGGGUGACGGGUCUCGGGUGAGAAAUAAAUACUGUUGACCAACACCACUGCUGGGCCCUCAAAACAUUUCCUGACAAUUCAGUGUACUGUCAGUAUUUAACAAGUUGACAUUUAUGACAACAAACCAACUAACCAACUGGCUGAUGAAUAGCUUUGCCAGGCCUGCUCGUGGUAGGCUCCGCAAUCAAAAGGAUCUGAAGAUUAAGGGGAUAAAACAAGAACAACAAACAAACCCUGUUACCAAACAUCACAAAGUAGCAACCUCACCUUGCUUGGUCUCAAGUAAGCGAACUGAAAGCCAGUCAGCAUGUUCAUCGCAUUCACCGUAGUGUGACUUAGGUCUCCCCUGAACAACAAACUGAUAGUGGCAACAGAAUCCUUGUCAGAUGAAUGUAUUCCUUUCUGGGGAAGAUGGCCAUCCUCUUGUUCUAUUUUUCAAUAUACACGGUUUGCUUUUCUCUCCUCUGUCUUUCUCUCAUUUCUCACUUUCCUCUUGCUCUAAUGGGGUGAGAAGGCUUUUUUGUCAGAAUUCUUCACCGUAUUUGAGACUUAAGCCUUUUGCUUGGCAGGGUUUGUUGUAUGAAAAAUAAGAAACUGUGUAAACUGUAGGGGUUAAUAAAUGAAUUAGCGAGAGGUUAUAAAAAAUUAAUGAGUUUUGUAAAAAUUGUUUAUAUUAUAAAGCCAGACCUAUGUAGUCAACAGAAAGGCUGAUUUUAUCUAUCUAUCUAUAUAUAUAUAUAUAUAUAUAUAUAUAUAUAUAUAUAUAUAUAUAAAUAAAAUUCCAUUUUUUUUGUUUUUAUCCAGUACUAUGGUUUAAAAAAAAAAAAAAAAUGCCUGAAAAGGGCACUUGUUUUUUUUGCAGUAAGACCCCAGAAUGGUCCUAUCUGAAUUAUACUCCCAUAAAUGUUGGUCGUUAUCAUUUUGUCAGAUAAACAGUUUUAGUUUGGUUAAAAAUGCCCUCAUAGAUUGGCAGAAAUGUGCUCCUGUUUUAGAGUAGUUCUGAAUAUAUCCAAACCUUUAAAAUCAUGUCCUAAUAUCUGGUCUUAAAAUUGCAAUGUUGUGUCCUGUUGGGAAUGGCAUCCAGCACAUGGAGAUUAUGUUUCAGAUUGUGCCAAGGAGGGGCAUCACAUACAUCAAAGAGGCUCCACUUCUAUUGGCACAGCUAUUGAAAACAAAUAUACAAUGUAUAGGUUAUCACUUGCUGUGAAUAGAAUAAACUGGAGGGGGGAGGAGGAGGAGGAAAGAAAAAUAGCCAUAACUCAAAUUUCUUGUUUUUUUGUUUUUUUUUGGGGGGGGGGGGGGUUAUUUUUUUAUUUUUAAUUUUGGGGGGGGGGGAUUUUUUUUUUAACUGUCAUUUAGAGUGGAGUGUUUAGAAAAAAAACUACUAGGUAGACAACUUUACUGUUCUGGUGUAUGUAACCAAGCAAUAACUAUUACUUGAGAAUCUUUGUUUUACAAUUUUGUACAUUUUAUCUUUAGGCAAAAUUUGUCCUGCAGUUCACUUAGAAAAAAAGGUACUUCAGUAUUAAUUGUAGCUACCUUUUAACUCUGUGCUUCAGAUUAAGGGUGUUCUUGAAUAAUCGUUGUCUGCAGUACUACUCUGAGGAGAGAAAAAUGUGUUGUUGAUGAUUUAAUAUAUUUAUUUUCUAGUAAUUUUGAUUAUUUUCUAGAAAAUCACAUCCCCGCCUUUUUAACAAGUCAUGAAUAAAUGAUUUCCCCUCUUUUCUGUUCUUUUUUUCAUUGAGUCCAGUCCUGCUGGGCUAGCCAGAGAGGCCAGAAGUAUAUAUGCCUUUUUAGUGUGAAGAUAAUAUGUGAAUAGUGUAGGAGAUAGUAUCCUACAAACCAAUAUUGUUUGAAAUGUGGUCUCAAGUUAUAUAGAUUUCAUAAUUUAUUUCAAGUUUUUCUUCUUUUUAGAGGCCUGCUCAAGUGAAUGUAUAACCCAGAAUGAUCUGAUUUAAAAAUGAUAUUAAGACUUGUGAGAAAUAAACUUCACCUGAUUGCUCACUGGGCUUAUUUAUUUCCCUAUUUCUCUUUUUCCGGCUUUAUAUAUGUAUUUUUUUAUUUUGUUUUAUUUUAAAUGAAAAGGGUGCUUAUUUGAAUUAAGGACACCUAUGAGUUGGUCAAUCCUCAUUUUUAGCUAGGUCGUUAUAGUUGUGAUAUUUGGCCCAUUGCUUUUCAUAAGAGAAUAAAAAAUAGCAUGUCAUUGAUCAUGUUCUAUUGGUGAUUUGUAUGGUGUCAUAGUUAGUUAAUCAAAAAUGAACUAACUUCAUAAAAGGCAGUAUAUAUUUUAUUUGCCAGUGCAACUAAUCCACAUAUGCAACCAUGAUUCCUUCAGCGACUUCCCUCCCUCUUCAUUAGCUGCAAUUCUUUCGGUGGUUCCGUUUCCAUAUGUACCAGUAUGUUGGUGGUAUAAGCAUAGCCAUUCCAUUGUAAAACUGUACAUUAUAUUUCUUAUUGUUGUGGAAAUAUAUCUACCAUUAGUGGUAUGUGGCUUUAUUAAGUUUUCCUUUUCACUUUGAGGUUCUAAUGUGGGAGGGGCUUGUUGCACCUUUGGUAACAUCUGGAAGAAAAAAAAAAACGAUGAACAAUACUGUAGCUUAUACUUUAGGUUCUCAUACUGUACAGUGCAUUUUUAAACACAAAAUCAGUAUAUAUGUACACAUCAGCUGUGUGCUGUACAUUACAUUAACAAAACAACUAUUGUUUUAUGGGGGUUGGUUUGUAAUAUUUGCAGAUAACCAUCUUUUACUAAAUUCAGUGCGUAAAAAAAUAUAUAUAUUAAAAAAAAAUACUUUAAGGAAAGAAAAACUAUUUUAGAAUAGUCCAUUUUAGCAUAUGAACUGAAUUUUCCAGCUUUGUCUGCCGAAUCCAAAGAUAACACUGUCAGUUUUAAAAACAUAAGCCAUGAAGUGUUGUGGUUAAAAAAACAUUUUUAUAGUACUUGUACAGGGACAGUUGUGACUGGGAAGCAAAUACCACCUUUGCACACAAAAAUAAUUACAAGAAAAAAUAGAUCAUACAGGCUUUGAUUCAAUUUACAAACUUUCUUGUUUUCUUUUGGAUUUUGGAAAAUUGUAUUUGUUUUAUAUAGUCUGCCAAUUUCAUAGAACAGGUAAAAGCUCAAUGUAAGAACCUCAAAAUGCUAAACCUAGCAUAAUGCCUUAGAUCUGGUUUUAUGUCUUGUAUAUUCCUACAAAGCUGUCUGUUGUAUUAUAUUUGUAUAGUGAAUUGUGUACAAUAUUGAAUGAAUGCAUCCUCAAUUGAUAUGUCUUUGUUGCUGGAAACAGACUACAGCCCUCUUGGCAUAUUCAGCCCAUUUUUGCUGUUAAUUUUCCAUGUUUUGUCUGUGAUCAGUUGUGGGUUAUAUUAUUUGUACAAUUGUUUCUCAUUUAAUGUCUGUAUGAAAAGAUGAGGCAAGGUUAUAAUCUAAGCAAUAUGUAAAAUAUAUGGAUUUUCUGGAGAAAGCUUAGUGUUGCAGGCUCAGAGAUGUAUUUUUCCAGUUGAGUUCACACUAAACAUCACCUUGUUCACCUGCAUUGAUGUUUGUAAUCCUAGUGUGAGCAUUUUAUGCAAAGUUAGAUAUAUUGAGAGAAAUUUAAACACAUUUAUGCAAGUUGUUGACUAAUGCUUCGCUGAUGCUAUUUGCUAUUUGAUGUUAAAUAAUGCCAUUGUAAAUAAAGAAUUCUGUUAUUGCAACAUUUAAUAAAAUGUUUUGACUGGG